UAAAGAGAUCAGCCGGUUACUGCCUUUCACUGGAGGCUGCAGAGAGCCGGUCAGAGGCGACGAACACGGCUCGCCAGUGCCCCAGCUGCCGCUAGGGUUUCCGAACCCCGCUUCCUUCGGUCGGCAGCAUCCCUUGGCCUCUUGGGAUUACAAAAGAAACGCACCGCACCUGGCUCCCACUUCCCUUUCUUUGUUCGAAUCCAUUGGAGCCCACGAGGUCGUUGCCUCCCUCCCUCCCCCAACCAAAACCCUCCAGGCCUCUACCUCUGCUACUAAUAAGCUUUUCGCUUCCUGGAUCGGCGCUGAUGUGCAGGAAUGGCAGUUCUAGGAGUUUCAGGACCCGCCAGAUAAAAGGUACCACUCAUUACAGGAAUCAGGUCUGUUCUGUUCUAUUCUUGGAUCGUCAGCUGUAUUUGUUUCUUCUUCUGGAUGGCAAACGGGUAGACGCAAAUCCUUUAUCCGCAUAUCGUGUUCUUGGCAUUGAUUUGAUCGCAAUAAACAUCUUCGAAAGCCGCGAUCUUUCUUCUUGGAAUCUAUGCGCGUUUGACUUGUUGUCUCACGCAGACUGAAGAGCACGAACACUCGGAGUUGGACGCUGCUCGGUCUCGUCCUGGACGGAGGAAUCAUGGAGAUGGAGCCGGCAAAGGGGAAGAUGAGGAGGACGUCUUCCAACCUGCUUCUGCGCAUCACGGACAUCUGCAAGGUGCAUUCCGUCGGCGUCGCAGAGAGCGUCGGCGGGAAGCCCAAGGCCGAAAGCACCGGGGGGAGCAGUGAAGACGGUGCACACCUGAAAGUACACCCGCAUCAAGUAUCUGACCAUGAGAGUUGCUCCGGAAGCUCCACUGCCCGCUAUGAGGAAGCGGUUGUCGAGAAGCUUCUUGAGGCAAUCUCUUGUCUGAAGCUGGCUUAUGUCAAGGUUCAGCAAGCACAUGUGCCAUAUGAUCCUGAAAAGAUUGCGGUCGCUGGUGAGCAUUUCGCGUCAGAGAUUGAAGGGACCUCUGGACUUAAGGAUCUGUAUGCCAGUGCCAACAAGUGGAGCAAUCCAAUGUACCAGUCUCAUGUGAGCUCAAGAAUCCAUGAGCAUCAGAAGCUCGCUGUGGAUUUGCAGGCUGACAUCUGCAAGAAAGAUUCUGAACUUGCUCUGUUGCGAGCAGAGCUGGAAGAGCUGGAAAGGAGUAAUAUGGAACUGAAGCAGGAGGUUGAUCGGAGAGCAAUGCACAGAGAGAACAAAAUUGGCAUUGGCAAGGGGGAAUCAGUGGAUAUGUUCAUCGAAUUGUUUGAGAGUUCGUCGAAGCAUAUACACGAUUUUACAAAACUCAUCAUCAGUUGGAUGAAAGUUUCAGGAUGGGACCUCGGCAUCUCUAAAUUUCCAGUUGACAAAUCUGUCGUAUAUGAGAAAAGGUCUCAUAGGAAGUAUGGUGUUGAGGCGUACUUUGCUGGUGCAAUGCUUAUGGGGACCAAAGAAGAGUACUUCUCCAUGGAUUCGUAUGAUCAUGUUAUGAGUUUUAAGGAUCCAUUUGAUGCUCUUAUGGAGGCUCCAAAUUCUGCUUUUGGAAGAUUUUGCCGAGAAAAGUAUCUGGUGGCUGUACCCAGGAGUAUGGAGGAUUCCUUCUUGGGAAAUUUGGAUCACAGAGCAUUUGUCGAGAGGGGCGGUCAUCCAAGGACACAAUUUUACCAGACAUUUGCAAGAAUGGCUCGAUAUGUUUGGGCAUUGCUCACAGUUGCUCGCUACUUGAAACCAAGAGCUGAAAUGUUCUUUGUAAAGGCCGGUGUUCAGUUUCAAAAGAAGCACAUGGAAAGUGUACCAGCCAAAUUGACCAUGGAGGAAGCAAAGUUCAGUGUUGGCUUUACAGUAAUGCCUGGCUUUAAGAUUGGGUGCACUGUCAUCAGGUGCAAGGUCUAUAUGUCCACGCUGGAUGCACGGCACUUCCAAACACAUCAUAUAACUAAAGCAUUAUGUAAGCAGAAUGCAAUAGCUUUAUAGUAGUUCUAUCAAAUAAGCUUACGG